CAACUAUUUCUCUUUCUCUGUGUCUCUCUGUGGAUCUUGUUUUGUUUUGUUUUGUUUAUAAGCAUUUGUUUAUGCAUAUAUAUACUUCGUACUUCUACCAACCAUCUUAUCAUAUCACAAAGUAGCAUUAUUGCAAAAUUUCGAUCGUCCUUCCCAAGUCAACAUCUAUUUCUACAACCACAUAAUAAUAGUUUUUUUGAUUCUGAAUCUAGUUACUAACUCAUUCAUUAACAAUCACUUUUCACCUACACACACCAAUAGUACUCCUUACUUUGAACUUUAGUUUCAUUUCAGACAAAACAUAUUCUGCAAUCAACAAGGUUCUUUCUUUCAUACAAUGAAUCCAGACAUAUUAUUAUUAUUAUUAUAGAGAUAAUAAUAAUAAUAUAUAUAUAGCUUGUGUUAUUGCAACUGCAUAAUGGUGCAAGAAAAUAUGAUGAAGGAACUACUUGCUUUGGCAGUUAGAAACAUUCAAUGGAGCUAUAUAAUCUUCUGGUCUCAAUCUGGUAGCCAACCUGGGGUGUUGAGUUGGGGGGAAGGAUAUUACAAUGGAGAAAUUAAGACAAGGAAAACAAGUCAAGAAGUGGAACUUAGUUCUGAUGAAAUAGGCUUGAAGAGGAGUGAGCAACUGAGAGAUCUUUUCAGGUCCCUUAAACCUACAGAAACAAGUCCUCCAACAAAAAAGCCUUCUGCAGCACUUUCACCUGAAGACCUCACAGAUACUGAGUGGUACUAUUUGGUUUGUAUGUCCUUUGUAUUCAACAUUGGCCAAGGGUUACCAGGAAGAGCUUUAGCAAAUGGUCAACCAAUUUGGCUUAUGGAUGCCUAUUCGGUUGAUUGCAAAGAGUUUAGUCGCGCUCUCCUCGCAAAGAGUGCAUCUAUUCAGACAGUGGUGUGCUUUCCUUUUAUGAAAGGGGUUAUUGAGAUAGGCACAACUGAUAUGGUAAUGGAAGAUCUCAGUAUCAUUCAACAGAUCAAAACUUCUUUAUCGAAUAUUCUAACUGUCGAUGACCCUAUUAACGGUCAAGUUACAUUGAAUUCGAGAAAUAAUGAAGAUGUAGCAUUUGAUCAUAUUGAUCACAAUGCUGAAUUAAUUCCAGAAGUUGGUAAUGACAUAAUCAACACAACAAUAUCUCGUAAUGGCAGUUCAACUGCAUUACAAACCAAUCAACUACCAGAUGAAACAUUCAUGGUUGAAAGCUGGCAAAUUAUGGAUGAUGAUUUGAUCCAUAACUCCAUGAAUUCAAGUGAUUGCAUAUCACAAACUAUUGCUUCUGUUCCUAGAAGUGGAGAAGAUUGCAACAAUAACCAAAUGACCUUAGGGUAUCCACUAAGUUAUGAUUGCCAUUAUCAGAAAAUUCUUUCAGAACUAUUGACAAGCAAUGACCAGUUAACUAUGGGGAUGCAUUUUCAAAACUCUCAUCAAGAUUCAAGUUUUCGUGUUUGGAACAAAAGAUGGCCAGUGGAUUGCCAAAGGCCAAGACAAGGAAACUCACAAAAGCUAUUGAAGAAGAUGUUGUUAGAAGUUCCGCGGAUGCACAUGGAUGGUUUGAUUGAAUCUCAAGAAGAGAAUGACUAUAGAGAAGCAACAAGACUAGAGCCUGAUGAAGGUAUGAACCAUGUUUUGUCAGAAAGAAGGAGAAGAGCAAAACUAAAUGAAAGGUUUUUAACUCUUAGAUCAAUGGUACCUUCAAAUAGUAAGGAUGACAAAGUUUCUAUACUAGAUGAUGCAAUUGAAUACCUUAGCAAGCUUGAAAAAAGGAUAAAAGAGUUGGAAGCUCAAAGAGAACCAAUAGAUAUAGUAGAGUCUAGAAGUAAAAAAUCACAUCAUGAUAUGUUGGAGAGGACUUGUGAUGACUAUUAUAACAACAAAACUAACAAUGGCAAGAAACCAAUGAUGAAGAAGAGGAAAAUAUGUGACAUAGGUGAAACAAGGAGACAGAAUUGUUCUGAUGCUUUAAAAGGAAGUUCUAAUAGUGAUGUUACUGUCAGUAUGAGUGACAAUGGAGUUGUGAUUGAAAUGAAGUGUCCUUCUAAAUCAGGAAGGAUAUUGGAAAUUAUGGAGGCAGUUAACCAUCUUAACAUGGAUUUUAAUUCAGUUCAAUCAACAGAUUCUGAUGGGAGGCUUCAUGUGAUCAUUAGAUCUAAGUUCAAAGGACCAGCUAAUGCAACGACAAAAAGGAUCAAACAAGCCCUACAAAAAGUGGCUUCAAAGUUUUGAAUAUUUGUAUUCUCAAAAUAAAUAAAAACAAGGAGAUGUUCAAAUUAGUUCCUGCCAGUUGCAGUGUGACACAGAGAGUUGAGUAUGUUGAUUUAGUCACAAGUGCAAAUUCUUGGAGAUUUUUUUUGAAGAAUAACUCUUGGUGAUGUAACAUGGACAUUUGUUUCAUUACUUGUAAAUGGGGUAGGUAGGCUUAGUUGACAUUUAUACUGAAUUAAUUAGCCAAUGAUUUGACAUGAAUCAAUAAUUCUCACUUUGUUUAUGAAUUUCUCCCUCACAAUCAUUAUAUUAAUUUUUGUA